AUGAAUAUUCAGAUUUCAUCAUGUCAAACCAUUGACCCAUUGCAAAGUGAUAAUAACGAGUUAGAAACCAUCAAUAACAAUCACAAUAACAUCGCUCUUCAUACAAAUGAUACUUUCAACAAACCUGAUAACACUGGACGAGUUUUGGUAAAUGUGAAUAGUGGUAAAGAACCACCAAUUUAUUUAAGAGAAUCAUUGUCCAAAAUUCUGAAACCUCAUCAAAUUGGUGGCAUUAGAUUUCUUUAUGACAAUCUAAUCGGAAAUUUAGCCACUUUUCACAAAGAAAAUGGAUCUGGUUGUAUUUUAGCCCACAGUAUGGGACUAGGGAAAACUUUACAAGUAAUAAGUUUCAUUGAAAUUUAUUUGAAAUAUACAAAAUCAAAAACAGUUAUGAUUGUUAUACCAGUUUCAUUGCUUUCCAAUUGGUACAACGAAUUUGAAAAAUUUUUGCCUAAAGAUCCUGCUAAUCCCAACAGAUUCUCAAUUUCUAUUGCUAAUAGUGGAAAGACAAAAGAAGCAAAGAUGUCAAUAAUUAAAAAAUGGUGGACAAAAAAAAAAGGUAUUCUGCUAAUAGGAUAUGAAUGUUAUGCUUCAAUGUCCGAAGAAAAGAAUUUAUUUACACAACUUGUUGAUCCAGGACCUGAUUUGGUUGUUUGUGACGAAGGUCAUAAAAUAAAAAAUCCAGAAAGUAAAAUAACAUUAGCACUUGGAAAAGUACGAACCAAACGAAGGCUUUUAUUAACAGGAACACCAAUGCAAAAUAAUUUGAUCGAAUAUUGGUGUAUGAUCAAUUUCAUUCGUCCUAAUUUUUUUGGAUCAAGAGACGAAUUUAUAACAAAUUUUGUACAACCAAUUUCGAUCGGACAAAAAAAGGACAGUACAGACAAUGAUAUAAAUCACAUGCAAAAACAGGCCCACGUUAUAAAUAAACUUGUCCGAAGUUUUAUUCAAAGGCGAGAUGACAAUAUACUAAAAUCGAGUUUACCAAAGAAAAUUGAUUUCGUUAUUCCUGUAAAAUCAACAAUGAUACAAAAACAAUUGAUGAAAACUUUUUUAACUAAAAUGUUGGAUUUCGACAAUGCAUUCAACAUUUUAACUCUAGGAACUAUAUUGUUGAAAAUUUGGAAUCAUCCAGAUAUUUUUUACAAAACGUUUCGAACUAUGAACAUCGAAACAUUGGAUGCAAUAUCAACAAUUGAAUGCAAUUACAUCAAGACAUCUAUCAAAGCAACAAGAUCUAUUUUCGAACGAUACGAAACUGGCCAUGUAUCAAAUGGAAAUAAGAUUGAAUUAUUAUUAAUGAUAAUUCAACAAUCUAUUUUGAAACAAGAUAAAGUACUUGUAUUCAGUCAAUCAAUGUUAACGCUCGAUAUCAUUGAAGAUUUUUUACACCAAAAACCUUAUACUAGCGAGGACAAAAAACAAGUUAAUUGGCUGAAAAAUUGUAAUUAUGUCCGAUUGGAUGGCUCUCUAUCAAACAAACAAAAGAUUACAGUUAUUAACAAGUUUAAUGAAGAUAUAAAAACCCAUUUGAUGCUAAUAUCUACAAAAGCUGGUAGUUUGGGACUCAAUUUAACAAGCGCAAAUCGCUUAAUCUUAUUUGACACAUCUUGGAACCCAACAAAUGACUCACAAGCAACGCAUAGAAUUUUUAGAUUUGGACAACAAAAACCCUGUUUUAUAUAUCGAUUUGUAUCAUAUGAUUCCAUGGAAAGAUUUUUGUACGAACAACAAAUCGAUAAGCAAGCCUUAGCAUCAAGAGUCAUCGAUGAAAAAAAUCCACAAUUAAAAACUGGUAAAAUAAACAUUUGCCAGUUAAUGACCGAUAUAAAUACAUUAGGACCAAUUCAUUCAACAACUUGUAAUGAAUCAACUUUAAAUGAAGAUGAUAUCAUCAAAAAAAUAACUACCGAUGGAAAACGUAUGUUACUAUUUAAUCCCUUUAAUCACGAAGAUUUACUUAAAGAUCAUAAAACUUCAACGCUAUCCAAAAUCGACAAAAAAGAAGCAGAAAACAAUUACAAUUCAACCAAAUUGAGAAGAUUGACUUCUAGAAUAGAAAAAUGUUCUCAAGAAAAAAUUUUGGAUGAAAAACCCCAACGACCAAACACAAUGGUUCCUCAAACCUCUUCAGUUUCAUCGCCGUCAAUGCCCUUGGGUCCCGAGAAUAUAAUAGAAACAAUUGAAUCUUUGCCUGCUGUAGAGUUAUUACGAGAACUAAUUGUCAAACAGAACCAACUUGUUAACACUGUGGUUCCAAUCAUGAUUCGAGCUUUAACAAAUCCUGUACCAGGACUGGCUGAAGCCCUUCAAAGGUCUUUAUCUUUAUUCGGGGUGACAUCUUAUUUGGUUGGACCAACAAUCGCCAGAUCAGCUCGUAAUCUUGGUCCAGUUGUGGAGCCAUUGGUUGGUUCAACUGAUUCCUUUGUCAAGAAACUCAACCAGGUGACUGAACUGGAACCAUUGGUUCAACAAUUUGAAUAA